CGACCUUCAAACAUGGCGAUUUGUGCGGUAAAUUCGGCGAGUCGCGCCCCGUCGGGAUGUUUUUGCAUCGCGUUCGCAUAGUGAGUGACGUUUGUUGACGCGGAUACGAAUGCAACCUGAGGCUUGUGCGACAUUAUCGGUACGUUAGAGAGAAAAGAGAGACAUCGAGUCCCUCGCACGUGACGAAUGCGAUAACGCAACGCAACGCAACGCGCUGCGAUGUCUGUGAGCUACGCUAGGAUGAAAUCCUGUCACGAAGUCUUGUCGUCGUCGUCGUCGUCGACAUCGUCGACAUCGACGACGCUGAACAACGCGAUCAGACGAGCCGGCGAUGAGGAGGACUGGCAAAUGCAAUUGGCAUUCUGUAAGCCUCGUCACAAUACCACGAUCGAGAGCGUGAAUUGUAUCAGUCAGACUUGGCGGAUGAAGGAGCGGAUGAAAACCGUGAGCGUCGCUUUGGUGUUAUGCCUGAACGUCGGCGUAGACCCUCCGGACAUCGUCAAGACACAGCCCUGCGCUCGUCUCGAAUGCUGGAUAGAUCCUUUAUCGGUGAGUCCUCAAAAAGCUCUUGAGACUAUAGGUUCAAAUUUGCAAAAGCAAUACGAACGAUGGCAACCAAGAGCUCGCUACAAACAAAGUUUAGAUCCAACUGUUGAAGAAGUUAAAAAAUUAUGUACGUCCUUAAGGCGAAAUGCUAAAGAAGAGAGAGUUUUGUUUCAUUACAAUGGCCACGGUGUGCCCAAACCUACCACUAAUGGUGAAAUAUGGGUAUUUAAUAGGACAUAUACACAGUACAUUCCAUUGUCGGUGUAUGACUUACAGACUUGGAUGGGUGCACCUAGUAUUUAUGUAUACGAUUGUUCCAAUGCAGGCAUUAUUGUAGAAUCUUUUCAGCAAUUUGCCGACCAACAUGAAAAGGAAUACGAGAUGGAAAAACAGCAAAAUCGCGUAACCGGUAUGACGUGCCCCGCAGCGCCGUGUUAUAAAAAUUGCAUUCAAUUAGCAGCGUGCGCUGCUAAUCAGAUUUUGCCUAUGAACCCGAAUCUACCUGCAGAUAUAUUUACAUCAUGCCUUACUACUCCCAUAAAAAUUGCAAUACGCUGGUUUGCGAUGCAACCUACAUCUAAAUUAGUUCCCAACAUAUCGCUUGAUCUUAUUGACAAAAUUCCUGGUCAAUUGACUGAUAGGAGAACAAUGUUAGGCGAGCUUAAUUGGGUAUUUACAGCUAUUACCGACACAAUAGCAUGGAAUACUCUGCCAAGAGAUCUGUUCCAAAGAUUAUUCAGACAAGACCUAUUAGUUGCUAGUCUCUUUAGAAAUUUUUUAUUGGCGGAAAGAAUACUUCGUUCUUACGAUUGCACGCCAGUCUCUUCCCCAAAAUUGCCACCGACUUAUCAGCAUCGUAUGUGGCAAGCUUGGGACAUGGCGCUUGAUCUGUGUUUGGCACAAUUGCCAAUAGUUUUGGAAAACGAAGAUCGAUAUGUGCAUUCAUCAUUCUUUGAAGAUCAACUUACAGCUUUCCAAGUAUGGCUCAAUUUAGGAUCGAAAAAUCGCAGUCCGCCCGAACAGCUUCCAAUCGUUCUCCAAGUAUUAUUGAGUCAAGUUCAUAGACUGAGAGCAUUAGAGCUCUUGGGACGUUUUCUUGAUCUCGGUCCAUGGGCUGUGAAUCUAGCACUUAGUGUCGGCAUCUUUCCAUAUGUGUUAAAAUUAUUACAAAGCAACGCCAGGGAACUUCGUCCCUUGCUCGUCUUUAUAUGGGCAAAGAUUCUAGCAGUGGAUAAUUUGAUGCAUAGUUUAUGA